AUGGUCCCCGCGCACUCAGCCAGCGGCCUCUGCUGUGUCUGCUGCUCCUGCUGGGUCUGCUGCUGCGUCCGGUUACCCGUGAAGACCACGCCGGGCACCUCCAGCACCCCAAGUCCGCGGGAGCGCACGCGGGCCCUGAUGCGGGACUUCCUGCUUGUGGACGGCCACAACGACAUGCCCCUGGUCCUGAGGCAGUUUUACCACCACGGGAUACAGGAUGUUAAUCUGCGCAAUUUCUGCCAUGGCCAGACCAGCGUGGACAGGCUGAAAAAUGAUCUCGUGGGUGCCCAGUUCUGGUGAGCCUACAUCCCAUGCCGGACCCACGAACGCGAUGCUGUGCGCCUCACCCUGGAGCAACUUCACCUCAUCUGCCUCACAUGUGCCUCCUAUUCUGAGCUGGAGCUUGUGACCUCAGUUAAAGCUCUCAACAAUACCUGGAAGUUGGCUAGCCUCAUUGGUGUGGAGGGCGGCCACUCACUGGACAGGGGCCUCUCCAUCUUGCGUACCUUCUAUGCGCUGGGUGUGCGCUACGUGACACUCACCCACACCUGCAACACGCCCUGGGCACAGAGCUCAGCAAAGGGUAUCCACCCCUUCUACAGCAAUGUCAGUCGGCUCACCGGCUUUGGCGAGAAGGUGGUGGCAGAAAUGAACCGCCUGGGCACGAUGGUGGACUUGGCCCAUGUCUCGGAUGCUGUGGCACGGCGAGCCCUACAAGUGUCACAGGCACCUGUCAUCUUCUCCCACUCAGCUGCCCGGGGUAUGUGCAAGAACACUCGCAAUGUUCCUGAUGAUAUCCUGCAGCUUCUGAAGAAGAACGGUGGCAUCCUGAUGGUGCCCUUGUCCGAGUGGGUGCUGCAGUGCAACCCGUUAGCCAACGUGUCUACUGUGGCAGGUGAGCCUCACCCUGGGCUCUCUGAAAACUCGGAUUUGGAGCUGAAGCUGGGUCCAAAUUUAGGGAGGAUUUCAGAAGAGCCCCAGUGGUUUGACCCACCUACUGGCAAUAGGUACAGCACCCAAAAACCCAAGAAUGGACAGUACACAGCACCUUGGUGCCACGUGGAACUGGAGCCACAGAAUCAAAACUGCGAUACGGAUGGGUAUCAGGGAGGCUGUCAGACACUGCUUUAUGUCAAACACAUAAAGAAGCAGCUUUGUUUACCAUUUAAUAUAUUAUCUGCCAGGCGCCUUCCAUCUGUUACCAACAUCUCUCCCUCUGUCUUUGUCAUUUCCGCCUUCGCUAUGCUCUCUCAGCUCUCGCAGGCAGAUCUAUUGAACACAGGAAUCUCAGUGGAAAAUACGAGGUCGGCCAACGGGGAGUCCCCUCCUCAAGAAGGUUCUCUCUCAUUGCCACACUAUCAGAGGCUGCCCCGAAUGUGCUUGCUUCCUGUGGGCCUGAUCAGGCUAAGGGCAGAGUUGUCUCUUUCCUGCUCUGAGGCGGACCGAAUCGCCUUAUAUCACUUGGAAAUGUUUGAAAUGGCAGGAGCUUGUCCUCACAUUCCUAUCAGCUCAGCAGUGGCUCCCGUUUGUCCUCCCACACCCGGGCACUACCAUGUCCUCUACCGAGGGUGUGGAGAAACGCAGUUGGGCUGGCAUGGGGAGACAUACUGCCUGGUUGGUGGCUACCGGGCCUACGGGGAUGUUCCUUUGGCCCCACCAGCAAAGGUGGAAGCAGUGAAGCCAGUCCCCAGACGUGCUCCCAAACGAAAGCACUCUUCAGAAAGUUCGGACGAAGAGCUGGGCUGCUCCAGACCCAAAAACCGGCGACUGGAGCAUGGUGGACCUGCUCCCUGA